AUGGUCCACCCGAGAGCAGCGGCCAGGGGAAGCGUGCAGAAGCUGGUCCUCAACGGCCGACCCAUCCCAUGGAGUAAGGAGGUGACUUACCUGGAGCUCCGGAUAGACCGCCGCCUGACCUGGAUCCCUGCUGUCAAGACGGCUAUCACCAAGGCGGCGCGGGUCCAAUUCAUGGUCAGCAGGCUCCUGCUGCGUGGAAGGGGCUGCCCUCGGAAGCUGGCCCUACAGCUAUAUCACGGCACUGCCACAGCUGUCAUCCAGUAUGCUCUGCCCUUGGACCAGCUCUCAUGGCGCCGAAAAGAACAGCUGGAGAAACAGCAUCGCUCGGCCAUCAGGGCGUUCCUGGGGCUCCCACGCUGUUCUCCAGUGGCUGCCACACUGGCAGAGGCACAGACCUCGCCAGUAUCCCUGCUGAUGCUGCGUCAGGCCCUGCUGCAUGUCGACCGGCUGCACCGAACGCCAGACGGAGAGGCUCUGCUGCGGCGCAUCAGGGACCGGCCGACCUCCCGCAUGGGGAGCAUCUGGGCACUCUAUCAAGAACUGGUCCCACAGCCCCCCACUCCAGUCCAGCCUCCACCUCCACAUCGGCGACCGCCAGACAUCAGCCUGCGCCUGGGGAAGCUGACAAAGAGACGCACUCCAGCCAGUCAACUCCAGCAGGCCGCAGUGGAGAAGAUUUACGAGCAGCUGAGUGGCCACCUGCUGCUGUACACGGAUGGCUCCGUCUACAAGAGUCCUCCUUCUGCUGCCGCUGCCUGCACGGUUCCCGAGCUGGGGGUAAGGCUUCAGUGCCGCCUUCCGUUCCCAGCGAGCUCAACAGCAGCCGAACUGGCAGGACUCAAUCUCGCAGCAGACCAUCUUGCCGCCAGCCUCCCUACACAGCCGGUGGCCAUCGUCACGGACUCCCGCCCAGCUCUACAGGCCCUGCUGCAGCCCGAUCGAGCCGGCGUCACGGUGAUCCUGCUCCUCGCCAAACUCCAGGCCCUCAAGGAGUGCGGGGUCACACUGUCGAUGCACUGGCUUCCAUCCCACGUUGGGAUAGCCGGCAACGAAGAAGCAGACGCCGCUGCCAAGGACGCGCACCGGAUCGACAUUCCAGUCACAACUGCUGUAGCGGCCUCUGACUUCUCCCGUCAACGGCUGCUGCACCUGCUCAAGGCGGCCCACCCGGACCAACGAGUAGCAAGUGGUCACCCUCCCAGGCCACUACAGGAGACCAGAUUCCAGUGGCGAGAGCUGAGGCUGCUGCUGCUGCUGCGGCUCCGAACCGGAAGCGCAUGGCCUGCUGCACGCAAGUACAGCAAGGGCCGCUGUUCCUCGCCGGACUGCAGCAGAUGUGGGUCCCCUGAGACGCUGGAGCACAUCCUGUGCUUCUGCCCAGCCCUGGAUGGCCCGCGCGACACCAUGAAGAGGUCCUACCGCAUGCAGGGCCUACCCCACUCCACCGUUGACGAUCUCCUGUUCCCGUCUGGAUACCAGUCCACCGCCCUGCGAGCUUUUCUGAAGUUUGAGGAUGAUGCCGGUCUAAAGACCUUGUGA